GAUGGGAUUCACCAAGCAAUCGGUAGCUGUCACAUUGCUCGUGACUUGCUCGAUUGCCAGGACUGUGCUUCAUUUUCAAACAUUUUCCAAUCUAUCACUGCAGCAGGUUCGUAGCACGGCCUACAGCCCAGAGGUUGACAAACGACAAAUUCGAGAUGACACCAGUUUGUUUCGGUCAGGCCAGCGUUUUCGUCCGAAAAACAGCGGAGAGUCCGCUGCUACAGGAAAAUGCGCCAUCAAUCUGUUCGGGCUACCCAGAGCCUUUCAAUCCUUAGUGUUACCCUCGUUGGUACAGAGUGUGAUUCGUCCCAACGCACUCCACAACUGUGACUAUUUUGUACACUACUACUACUUGACGUAUGAAAAGGAGGGACGGGCCAAUUCCGGAGGCCGCCUUGAUCCGGACGAGAUAUUGCUGCUGAAGCAAGCUGUCCACAAUGUUUCGCCCAACUCGAUCGUCGAGUUUCGCUACGACCAAGAACAGGCCUUUUGGGAUCAAUACCAGCCGCUCAUUGAUAGAAUACGGACCGUCAACGAUACAGAUGGACAUUAUUUGUACUUUCCGUGGCGUGACAAGUCGUAUUUGUAUACACUCACCACUGAUAAUAUUGUCAAAAUGUGGCACAGCAUCCAAUCGGCUUGGGAGCUAAUGACGGAACACGAGACAAUGAAGUCUCGACGAUAUGAUCGUGUGGCCAUGUUGCGGUCGGACGUGGUGUAUAUGACCCCAAUCGACCUUUUCCAAGCCAAUCGGCAGCCUCUCCGAGAUGGCGCCAAAGUAGCUGUCGUUCCUGCCUUUGGGCGGUAUCCUGUCAGUGAUCGCAUGAUUAUUGGACCACGAGACGCUGUGGAAAUAUGGGCCGCACAGCGAUUUGACCGGCUUGAGACCCAUGUACAGUUCGUGCAAGAGCGCUGUUCGGGGUGGGGUAUGCAUUCAGAAAAGUUCAUCAAUUGGACGGUAUUUCCGGCUAUUCGAGAAACAAAUACAACCAUUGUCGAGGACGAUUUCAUGUGUUUCUUCCGCGCCCGUGCUGACGAGUCAGUAAUGACUAACGAUUGUGAGGGAACUAGGGGACGGAUAGCUGCCCCGUCGAUUGUGAAGAAUCUUGGGAGUGACAAGAUCGAAGUGUUGGAGUCAAUUCUUGGGCGGAAGUGUGCAAAUAAAACGUCAAAUCCAUCCGCUUCACUCUUGCGAUGUCCGAAGUAGAAUCGAUGAGGAUACUUUACUGGUGGAUUGAUAUGCUUGACUUUCGGCAUGAAGGAGUUUGUCCAAUCAAGAGCGCUGGGUUCAUGCAAUUCACACCAUUCUUCCUCUUUUGCAGCACACCAGGGGGUGCCUAGAAUCCCCGAGCAGUGAGCAAGCUGUUGUCGUUGGCCGCUCCUCUUCUCUUUCGAUUCCACACCAGUGUCCCUCUUUUGCAGCACACAAAAGGGUGCCUGCAAGCACUGUUGUCUUUGGCUGCUCGUCUUCUCU